GAAGCGGGGCUGGAGCUUCUGACUGCCGCCCGGCUCGGACCCGGACCCGGACCCGAGCGGCACCAUGACCGAGGCCGUGCUGGUGGACCUGCUGCACGGCUGCCGUCCCGGCCGGGCCGCGGAGGAGCAGCGCGGCUCCGGCCGUCACUUCUUCCUGCUGUGCGGGGAGAGCCAGCCGGACGGCCCCGGGCUGGAGGGCUGCCUGCGGGGCUCCGGCGGCAGCGUGCGGCUGCUGAGCGGCGGCUCCACCGCCGAGCGGCUGUACCGCUUCAAGCAGGCCGCGGACCGGCUGGAGCUGAGCUCGGUCCGGGUGCUCACCUCCCCGCGGGGCCGCGAGCUGCUGCAGCGGUACCAGCAGCUGCUCUUCACCGACCUGUACCGCUUCGACUACCGGGUGCAGCCCGAGAGCGACCUCACCUGUCCGAGCGGAGCAGGCUCCGCCCACCGCGCCUCACCUGGGGAGGGGGCGGGGCCUGAGCGGCAGGGGGCGGGGUCUGUGCAGGAGGAGGUGCAGCGGUUCGUCCAGCAGCUGCCUGCGCUGAGAGGACAGAUCUCAGUCCUGAAGUCUUCACUGAUCUCAGACUGCUUCGGCCACGGCUUCAGCACGCGGACGGGCGGCGUGUCCGACGUCCCGACGCUCUCCUCCAUGAACCUGUUCAGCAGCGGGCGGAGGAGGGACCCCGUCGCCGUGGUGAUGGAGAACCGGCGGCGGCUGGCCGUCCACGCCGGUUUCCACCCUCGGCCGCUGCGUCUUCUCAAGGUGAACCACGCCAGAGACGUUUGGGUUUUGGGGAAGGAGGAGCCGGAGAGGUACGACGCCAUGGUGACCGAUCAGACGGGCGUGGUCUUGGCGGCUCCCGGGGCCGACUGCAUGCCCAUCCUGUUCACUGACCCCGUCCUGAAGGUCAUCGGAGUCGCUCACGCAGGAUGGAAGGGGACUCUGAUGGGUGUUGCCAUGGAGACGGUGAACGCCAUGGUGACGGCGUUCGGCUGCCGUGCGAGCGACGUGGAGGUGGCGGUGGGACCGUCCGUCGGAGUGUGUUGCUUCACUCUGGACAGAGACGAGGCUCGAGAUUUCAGCCGCAUCCACCCGGACUGCGUCCCCGACCCGGAGUCCGCCAGGCCGCACGUGGACAUCCGGCUCGCCAACAGACUCCUCCUGCAGGAAGGCGGCGUCCUGCCCGAGCACAUCCACGACAACGCCACGACGGGCCGGAGCAGCGUGACGCUCUGCACCUCCUGCCACCCUCAGCUCUUCUUCUCCCACGUCAGAGACGGCGUCAACUUCGGCACUCAGGUGGGCUUCCUGUGGAUCCGGGAAGCGGCGGGUCGGUCCUCAGCCGAACUGGAAUCCGAGCCUUCCUCACUCUGACGGGACGUUUUCAGUCUCCAGGAUAAAUCCUGGAGGCAGACGGAGACUGUCCGUCUCCUGCCAUCGUUAAUACUCUAUGGACGUCAACGCAAAGUUGGACUGUUAUUACGGUGACUGUCAACUCUAAAACUUAUCGUACAUCGUCUGAGCAUGUACAGAACCACUAUUUUCCAGGGCCGGGGUGUGCAGGACCAGUAGGACCGGAGUCGGAGCAUUUUCAGAAAGUUAUGUUUUCAGUGGCUCUGUGCAGCGCUGCCGUGUAGACGGGGCCUCAGUUCCAGCUGGAGGGAGACGGAGGUCUCCGUAAAGGUGGAGUAAAGAAAUCUGACAAACUGUGACGAUCUUGCUGAGGUGAUCCAGACGAGCUCGGCCCGCUGAUCCCUCUCAGCAGCUCAAUAAAACAACGUUGGCACUUACUUUUCUGGUCCAAAACGAAUGAUUCAAACAUAAUGUUUCACUAGAAUGGGUUCAUCAAAAUAAA